AUCGCUUGGAGCUUCCAGGCAAUUCCAUUCCGCUUGUAGGCAUGAGCCAUGCUUGCUUAACAAACCACCGACUUUCCCGAUCCCAUGCUCUAGUUCUUGAAAUAUAGACGACAUAUUCUAUACAAACGGGCUUCAACCGCGAAUUCUUUGCGUUACAAUCGCUUGGUCUCUUACCUUGCCUGCUCCUCCAGCUCUCCCUAAGCAAACCGGCGUGAUGCCGGAUUACAAACUGUCGGCCCAACUCAAGGGUCACGACGGUGAUGUUCGCGCCGUGUGUUUUCCGACUGCGAGUACCGUACUCUCCUCAUCUCGCGAUCAGACAGUUCGCCUUUGGCGCAGGACAGCUGAUAAACCGCCGACCUUUGAUUCCACCAUAACCAGCCAAGGCCAUGGCUAUAUCAACUCGCUCACGUUUCUCCGGCCCUCGCCUAGUUGGCCUGAAGGUCUUAUAAUAUCAGCCGGUCAAGAAGCUAUCAUUGAAGCGAAGCGGCCGAACUUGGUCUCGGCCGACAAUGCCGACAGGCUGCUCGUCGGCCAUGGCCACAACGUGUGCGCGCUUGAUGUAUCGCCUCGCGGCACCUACGUUGUGUCCGGCGGGUGGGAUGGGAAAGCACUCGUUUGGGGGACAGAUAAAUGGGAGAUAUCUGCGCAGCUCGUCCACCAAGGCGAGGUAAAGAGCGUCUGGGCAGUCCUGGCUUACGACGAGCACACGGUUAUAACAGGCAGCGCUGACACCAACAUCCGCAUCUUUGAUUUGCGCAAGGUCAACCACGCUAACGAGGUUGAGCCCUGGCGUGUUAUUCCUACCAGCUCUGUCGUGCGUGCUCUCUGCAAGCUUCCCGGCGGGUUUAAGGGGCAUCCAAGCGGGGCGGAAUUUGCGAGUGCCGGAAACGGCGGUGUCAUUCAGCUAUGGAAGAUGAACGGUACCGAACUUGGAACCCUGCACGGUCACGACAGCUUCAUCUACUCUCUUGCUUGUCUACCGACGGCCGAGAUUGUCAGUUCGGGAGAGGACCGGACAGUACGGAUCUGGAGGGGCUCGGAAUGCGUCCAGACGAUAACACAUCCAGCCAUUUCGGUCUGGGCUGUCGCCGUAUGCCCGGAGAACGGGGAUUUCGUCACCGGCGCCAGCGACAACGUGGUCCGUGUCUUCACACGUAAUGCUGAGCGCACAGCACCGCCUGAGGCGCUCUCGCAGUUCGAGGACUCGGUCCGGGCCUCAGCAAUCCCGCAACAACAAUUAGGACCCACGAUUAACAAGGAGCAGCUGGAUCCCCACAGCUGGCUUGCAAUCAAUGCCGGCAAGAAGGAUGGCCAAGUUAAGACGGUCCUCGAGGAGGACGGGACAAUCGGGGCCUAUCAAUGGUCGUUGAGCGAGCAGCGGUGGAUCCAUGUUGGCACCGUCGUGGACUCUUCGGGAAGCAGUGGGCGGAAAGUUCAGUACGAGGGGAAAGAGUACGAUUACGUCUUUGAUGUUGACAUCGAGGAGGGCAAGCCACCUCUCAAACUGCCGUACAACCUGUCAGAGAACCCCUACGAGGCAGCAACCAAAUUUCUGGGGAAUAAUGGGCUUUCAAUAACUUAUAUCGACCAAGUGGCAAAGUUCAUUCUCACAAACACCAAGGGCGCAACGAUCGGCCAAAGCUCCGAACAGCCUCCUGCGGACCCAUAUGGAACCGAGUCGCGCUACAAGCCCGAGCAAGCAGCACAGUCUGCGGCAAAGUUCCUACCACACACCGCAUACCUCUCCCUUACUCAGUCCAAAUGGGAACCCGUCGCGAAGAAGCUUAGAAGCUUGAAUGAGAAACACUUGCUGGCCGGGAACAAGCAUAUCGCCAUGAAUCCCGAUGGUCUCAGCCGUCUUGAGACAGUUCUCCAAGCAACUAUGAGUGCCUCCACCUUGACAAAAUCGGAGCGGCCGCCGACGCUGUUGGAGGUGCAGCGCACUGUCUACAUGAUCCUUACUCAGUGGCCAUACAGCGACCGUCUUCCGGCUCUUGAUGUGCUCCGCUGUUUGGUAGCAUACCCGGAAGCGGCAUCACUGCAGGACAAUAAAUACGGAAAUUUCGUCAACAUUGUCCUGAGAGGUGCGCUCGAUACGGCAAACCCCAUUGAGCAUGCCGACAAGCCUCUGGCCGAAUUCACCACAAGCUUUGACGCAUCCUCGGUCAACGUAAACAACGUGAUGAUGGCGUUGCGCGCCGUGACCAACCUCUUUGGCACGGCAGAAGGCAGGAAGCUCGUGGUCAGAGAAGCCAGCGCCAUCGUGGGUCUCCUAGCGCGCGUCGCGGGCGUGCAGGACGGGCAGGCGCCGGUUGGGCCCGACAACAACAACCUCCAGAUUGCUCUGACGUCGGCCGCCUUCAAUUUCACCUGCCUCGCCUUCAACGAGCGGGACGCGGUCGAUCUGGAGGUGCUCAUGCAGCUUUGCCAGGUCGCAGAGGGCGUCAUACGCCGUCAGAGCGAUCCUGAAGUCCUCUUCCGCGCAGCCAUGGCUCUGGGCAUGAUCCUUGCUAUUGGCGGCGGGGCGAGGGACGUGGCCAAGACGUUGGAGGUUGGCGAGCCCAUCGGCGAGGCGGCGAAGAAGUCUGGCGAGGCGCGCAUCAAGUCGCUGGCACAGGAGUGUCUGGCGUAUCUGAAACGGUAGGUGGCUUGCCGCUGCCUGGCGUAGUGGACGUAUUGGGCUCUUUGUGUUGUAGAAGGCAACGUACAGAAACGGCAGGGUCUUAUCCCUUUCUAUAUCUUGGGUUCGAGAACUUUCGUGGAAGGAGUACCCACGGUUCAAAAACCUGGUCUGAACGGGUUAUGAGUGUCGGAUAAGAUGAGCCCCGGGAUAUUGUUGGCGCUAAUAGAUGGGAAAAAUGGAAGCAUGCAAUGGUCACAGUACCGUGGAAUGAACUCCGUUUUGCGAUGCCAA